AUAUGAGAUUCGCGGGUUGGUACCUGAAGAUCGCGGCGGUAGGGGCCUCCAUUGGCGCCGCCAUGGAGCUCUUCAUGAUCCACACGGGCUUCUAUGAGAAGGUAACUGUCUUGGAGUCAGAAAAACGAGCUUGGGAAAGCAGUCCAGAGGCCCAAGCUAUGAGAGAAGCCCUCAAUCCAUGGCACAAGCAUGAUGAACAAGAACAACAAAAGAAAUAGUCAAGAUUUAUGUGUCCUGUCGAGUGUCUGUGUCCCCCAUCCGUAGACCCAUGAAUGAGGUACUGUUAGUGUCAAUCUUCUGUAUUUAGUGAACAAUCUACAUUUUUUUAUAUACUUCUCUAAAAGGGCUGGAUGCCUGGAUGGUACCUUCCGCAAGACGCUGAAGGGCUAUGUGAAACAGCUAUAAACUGUUUUUUUCACGGGAGGAAAAAAUCGAGGGAAAAAUUGUACACUAUCAGACUAGUUUCGCUUGUUUUUUAUGAUAUAUUAACAUUAAACAGCAAA